CUCCUUCAUAGGGGCAGCCCGUCAAGUUUGUGUGAAGUUGUGAAAAGUUGUCAACUCGAAAAAAGACCAGAGAAACUCCUCCCGUCUUCAAAUUAUGAGCAAUCAGCAGCAGGGUGAAAUGGCCGCUGCGGAGAGCGGUGGAGGCUUCAGUCAAAAGCGAAACACAAACUCACAAGACUCUCAGCAGCCAUCUCCUCUUGCCUUGUUGGCAGCAACAUGCAGUCGAAUUGACACCCCAGGAGAGAACGAUUCCCCUUCAGACCAACAAAACCAGCAGCAACAGCUGGACUUAAACCAGGGUGUUUUCACCACUAGUGCCAACGGCUGGCAGGUUAUCCCUCUCAGCAUUCAAGCAUCCUCAGGCACUAACACCAUCACCACCGACUCCUCAGGGGUGAUGACAGGAGGUGACGGAGGCAAGGGCAGACAGGUGCUGUCACAAUCAGUAGCUGUUGCAAGCACUCAGGGACAGCAGCAUCAGCCACAGCAAUACGUAGUAGCUCAGGCUCCAUCGAUGCAGGGUCAGCAGGUCCUUACCACCAUAUCCGGUAUGAUGCCCAACAUUCAGUACCAGGUUAUUCCCCAGUUUCAGACCGUGGAUGGCCAGCCACUGCAGUUGGCACAUGCUCAGCAGGAUUCUGUAUCUGCUGCAGCACAAGGGCAGCAGUUUCAGAUAGUGUCCUCUCCUAAUGGCCAGCAGAUCAUAGCCGCAACCAACAGAGCUGGGGCAGCAGGAAACAUCAUAACGAUGCCCAGUCUCCUUCAGGGAGCCAUCCCUAUUCAAAAUAUAAGUUUGGGCAGUGGUGUGCUACAAAACCAGCCCCAGUUCCUGGCAAAUAUGCCUGUGUCACUAAAUGGAAACAUCACUUUGUUACCCGUCAGUACUGGAACAAGUGGUACAGGGGGAGAUGGGGGUGGAGGUGAUGCAGGGGGGAGCCAACUUGUACAGCAGCAGCAACAACAACAACAACAUCCAGUGUCCUCCAACAGCGGGGCAGGUUACAUGACAAAUACGUCCACUGUCACCACGCAGACUUCCACUUCUUAUGGAAUGAGCCAAACGCAGAACAGCAAUGGAGUGAUGACCGGGACAUUCCAGCAUAACACAGCAUCUUCUCUGGGUGUCCCGAUACAGCCAGACAACAGGGACGGGCAGCAGCCACAGCAGAUCCUCAUCCAGCCUCAGCAGGUUAUCCAAGGUGGAGCACCCCUCCAAACUAUCCAGGCCGGUACUGUCACGACCGCUGGCGGUCAGGUAUUUGCAGCUCCAACACUCAGCCAGGAAGGGCUUCAAAAUCUUCAAAUUAUGCCAAACACAGGGCCCAUCUUCCUGCGCACUGUAGGCCCCAAUGGCCAGGUGAGCUGGCAGACCAUUCAGAUCCAGAGUCCGACAGGGCCACAGAUCACGCUGGCCCCCAUGCAGUCUCUCCCCCAACUUGGCCAGGCUCAGGGAGGUGCUGCAGCUGCAGGAGUAUCCGUCAACACAGUGCAGAUCCCAGGCAUCCAGACCAUAAAUCUCAACACACUUGGAAGCUCUGGGCUGCAGAUGCACCAGCUGCAGACUGUUCCCAUCACCAUUGCCAGUACAGGAGGAGAGCAGAACUUACAGACAGGUGGAGAAAGUUUGGAUGAUAGCACAGCUAUGGAUGAUGAGGAUAUAAGCCCACCACCUCAAGGACGUCGCAACCGCAGGGAAGCAUGUACCUGCCCCUUCUGCAAGGAUGGAGAAGGACGUGAUCCAACUAAAAAGAAGCAGCACAUAUGUCACAUCUCUGGCUGUGGGAAGAUCUACGGCAAGACAUCCCACCUGAGGGCCCACCUUCGCUGGCAUACAGGAGAACGACCCUUCGUCUGCGGCUGGUCUUUCUGUGGCAAACGAUUUACCCGUUCAGACGAGCUUCAGCGCCAUAAGAGGACGCACACAGGUGAAAAAAGGUUUGUUUGCCCAGAGUGUCCCAAACGCUUCAUGCGCAGCGAUCACCUCUCCAAGCACAUCAAAACCCAUCUGAACAAGAAAGUAGUAGCCACCAACACCGGCAGCACCACAGGCUCGACUGACGCUGCUUCCCCUGCAGCAGUAACAAAAGUCGAACCAGGAGCAGUGUCAGUCAGUGACCAGCACACCAUCGUCACCAUGGAAACCUUAUCUGCAGAGAGCAUAGCUCGAUUAGCCAGCAGCGGGAUCAACAUGAUGCAGGUGGACCUUCACCAAAUUAACGGCAACAACUACUAAGGACAGUGGAGAAGCAGGAAGACACCGUGGUGGAUGUUGCAUUCGGACAUUUGGGGUUAAAAAGGGCACGUCUGACUGCAAACACAGAACCUCUCAAAGGCUUCAGACAGGAGAGGUUGUCACAGAUGCAACGCAACAGACUAUUGAAUUUGAGAACUGAGGCAGGAAUGUGGAUUUCCAUCUUGUAUUUAAAUACCUGUGGGAUUUAAGGGUCAGAGUUGGAUUAAAAUGUUAGACUAGAGAAAUCAUCAUGAAAUCUUAUUUCCCCUGAAUGGAAAUGGCACUACACUAACAUUUGUCCCACACGAGGGCCGAUCUUACUUGAUAGUGAGAUUGCAAUAGAACACACAGACCAGCACACUUUAUGUAGAAUUGGUGGAAGGUGAUCUCUACAUGCUCCUUUAGUAAAGAGAUGACACUAAGUCAGUCUCUCCCUCGUUUCCAAGGCUGUGAACUUCGCUUUUGUCCCUCUUCACUGCAGGUGUCUCGUGUCCUCUCAUACUGGGCUGCUGUAUCAGGCCCCUCAGGCUAACUGGCCCAUAUUGGCCCAUAAUAAUAAAUUCAUCCCUAAAACUGAAAUUAUAAUCUUGAGCAGCAAAUAUUUGGUUCUCACAUUUCUGCGGUUGCAGUUUUGCGAGAACCUAACAUGUUCCCAGCCUAACUAUCCCAGUGUCAUAGGAAUAAUAGUAAAGCGUUUUAGGGUGGACCGUCUGGAAUACAUGAGGUCACAACCAGGUCAGAGCCAAAAGCACUAAUCAGUGUGAGGAUGUAGGUGUGUCAGGGCACUGAAAUCCUGAGAAUAACUCUUUAACCUCUUAUGUAGGUACACACAUUCAAGCCAUCAUGCUUUGAUAUGUUUAUCAUAGCAAAAACAUUUUGAUUUUUUUUUUUUUUGUAUAUAUAAUUUUGGUUAUGUAAAGGCUAAAGAAAUCUUAGGCAGGAUUAUCUUACACGUUUGCAAGAGAUUGCCUUUCAGUUGUAUGAACCUCUCAUGCACAAUCAAUCUUAAUCUUAUGUUAUUACUUUUAUAUAUAUAUAUGUAGAUUAAAUGUGUAAACUUACGAGCCUUUUGGUCAUAGAAUAAUGUAUUCUAUACUGUCCAGAUCUUCCCAGUAUGUUUCUUCUGUGGUAUACUUAUCAACUUUGCCUUGCAGUUCCAUCAAGUUUGUUUUCAGUCUGUGGAAAGGUGUUUCUUUAGUCAUAUCUGGUCAGAGUAAAGUGUUUUGUAAUAAUGUCCAGACAGCAUAAAUAUGUAAGCUCAAAACCAAAGGUUCAUACUCAUUUUAUAAGCAAAACUAGGAAAUCUUUCUUUGGUCCAUGAACUUUCUAAUAAUUUUUACUCUUGUAAUACAUAUGUUAAAAUUCUAACUGGAAAAGAUCCAGCUUAAGGCAAACCUCGGACACACAUCCCUUUGUUGUCCAAAUAAAUAAGUUGCAAAAUAUUAAGGGUCAAAGUUUUUCUGAAAUUUUCUUUGCUUCAGAUUUCUGCUUUAUUUGAGAAAGAUAAUUGUAACUUGUAUGUCAGAAAAUGUAUGUUUAAAAGCGCUCUUUUGAAACUCUAUAGACUAAGUUCAUUGGACAACAAGUGCUCUUAUUUUUUUGCCCCAUUUUAAAUAAGGGAUUUCAUAUUGUGUGUAUACAACUACUGCAAAUGCCAACAGCUGGAUUAAAAUUAUAAAUAUA